CUGAAGCUUCACUGCAGCUCUUCAUCUCUGAGAGCUUCAGAUCCUGCACAUCCUCCUCCUCACUGCUCCUCCUCAGAGCUCCUCUCUGUUCCUCUCUCUUCUCUCCUCACACUCACUUCUGCACUAAAUCUUCAUCUACAGCCUCGGAAUCACCAUCACAUCUCCUCCUGAACAUCCUGUACUGACUGACCGAGCAGCUACCGGUACAACCUGAGGUGUAGGUGGGCGUGGUCAGCGUGACGGUGCAGAGAUGGACGAGAUGGACGUUCCGCAGCUGAGGAAGGAGGUGGAGAGUCUGAAAUAUCAGCUGGCCUUCAAACGAGAGAAAUCCUCCAAAACCGUCACCGAUUUGGUGAAGUGGAUCGAGGACGGCGUCCCAAACGACCCCUUCCUGAACCAGGAGCUGAUGAAGAACAACCCCUGGGUGGAGAAGGGCAAGUGUGUGAUCCUAUAGGACUGAGAGAGCGGGCAUGGCGGGCACCGGCACGCACACACACACACACACGCACACACACACACACACUCUGAAACUAUGCCACGCAUUAUUAGAUUAUAUUUAUUUGAUCUGUUAGGAUGAGAUCAGGAUUAUAUUGAUGUUGGUUAAAAUCUUCCUCCACGCGUUGUUACGUUCAUCUCAGUUUGAUCCUCACGGAAUCUGGGAACAUGAGUGCUGUUUUGAUUUUGUGACCUUGACUUUGGGUUUAAAUAUUACUUGGAUGUGCUCGAGUCUCGGUGCGCUCUGGCGCCCUCUGGCUGCCGUAAAACACCCUGGCUGGCCGAGAACACGCCCGCUUCUGAUGGUGCGUAAACAGGACCUCACCGCUCCCUCCGUAUCCUGUUAGCUCUAGAACCGGCCUGAAACGACUCAGGAUUCAGAAUCAGGAGUCAGAUGAUUCAAGAGUCGGGUGAUUUAAGAAUCAGGUGAAUCAGGAGUCAUGAGAUUCGAGAGUCGGGUGAUUCAGGAGUCAGGUGAUUUAGGACCCAGGUGAUUCAGAAGUUAUUUAGGAGUCAGGUCAUUCAGAAGUUGAGUGAUGUAAGAGUCAGGUGAUUCAGGAGUCAGGUGAUUCAAGAGCCAGGUGAUUCAGAAGUUGGGUGAGUCAGGACCCAGUUGAUUCAGGAGUCAGGUGAUUCACCAUGGCCGGAUUAGCUUAGCUCACAAGUAGAACCUGUAGAACCGGAUCUUGUUCCCCAGGUAAUAAAGCUAAUACGCUAGGUCAUGGCUGAACUGUGUGACCACGCCCACUUUACAAAGCACGCAGAGCACAGGGUACUGGUGCCAGUCUGACUGUCAUGUUAGUUGGAGGUGGUGAACCCGGACCGAUUUGAUCUGAGUCUGAUGUUCUGAUUUCUGAUGUUCUGAUGAUCUGAUGAUCUGAUGUUCUGAUGAUCUGAUGUUCUGAUGUUAUGAUGUUCUGAUGUUCUGAUGAUCUGAUGUUCUGAUGUUCUGAUGAUCUGAUGUUCUGAUGUUCUGAUGAUCUGAUGUUCUGAUGAUCUGAUGAUCUGAUGAUCUGAUGAUCUGAUGUUCUGAUGUUCUGAUGAUCUGAUGUUCUGAUGAUCUGAUGAUCUGAUGUUCUGAUGAUCUGAUGUUCUGAUGUUCUUCACUUUCUCCUUAAACAAUGAACGAAUGAAUGAGUUACAUAAACGAAGUGACUGAUUCACGGCGAGACCGACAUGUUUAUUAGGUUCUGUGUUCUGGGUUGGUUCUGUUUUUAUACUGUCGUAGACACGCGUGUGUGUAUGUGUGUGUGUGUGUGUGUGUGUGUGUGUGUGUGAUUUAUGCAUCACAUGACAUGAUUAGAUAAUCAGAUAAGCAAUAAAUAACCACAUUUUUUAUGAAAUGUUUUCCAACACUAAGCUUGAAUAAACUUGAUGAUUUUUAAGA